UUUAAAUACCGGUGAUUACCCUAACUGCCCAAAACCGGAACAGGCCAGUCUAACCGGGCGGUUAGCGGUUUGAUCGGGCGAUUUUACGAACAAUGGGUGCAUCUGGGAUGCACCUAAUGUAGUGAGUCUCCCCUUCCAAAGUUCAUCUCCAAAUGCAUCUUGGAGAUGGAUUUUGGAUCAAAAACUCUAUAGGUCUAUCAUCUCGAGCACUUUGAUCAUGAAUCUGAAAAAGCGAAAAAGGAAAUUUAUCAAAUUACCAAUGAGAGACGAACAAUUUAACACCUUACCCAUAUCCUUUGAUUUAAUUUCAAAAUACCCAUAAAAGUUACAGGAUCUUGAGUUGGAAUGGCUGCUAAUAGGAAGAACAUUAAAUAGUUCAUCUCUUAUUGGUAUUUUGACGAAUUUCCCCUGAAAAAAUAAUGAAUUUGAUCCUUAAGAAUGGUCUGUUCUGUCUUUUUUUUUCAAUAAUUCAACUUUCAUAAGAUCUGCAUUUCAAUAAUUCAACUUUCAUAAGAUCUGGAUUUUUUUUGGAUCUAUUCUGUGUUUGGAGCUCCAAAUUCAUGGAUGUGAGGCAGAAAUGGAUUUGCAUUGAUUUGAGAUGUGUUUUAGGUUAAAAAAACCAUUGGAAACCAGGGCAGAUGCAUGAGUCAGCAGACUCUUCAAAAACUUUUCCUUUAGGAAAUAGGGAAGACACAUAAGAGUGAAUCACAUAAUAGUGAUAGUAGUGUUUGUUCUACUGCCCCCUAAAAUAAUUAUUUUUCAUUGUGGAAAAAAGCUAAUGUUUUAUCUGUCGCAGACCUUACAGUCAUAAUUACUAAGAAAAGCAAAAAGCAAGAGACAUACUUUGGUCAACAUCUAAUGGAUAUAAGCUUAAUUUAAUGGGAAAUGGCACAAUCAUGGGGUCUAUUCACAAAUGUUUUGGGGAACUAGAAUGGUGUUUUUCCUUAUGGAUUUGUUUUGUAGUACGUGGGGGUGUUUACUGUCCUUUUUUGCAGUUAAAUCUGAUGGACUCAAACAUUGGCUGGGGUAGAGUCCUAUGGGAUAUUUGAUGGUUUUUACAGAAAAAAUUGAUGAAGAGGAGAGUACUUCACACACUAUGAUUAGAAUUGCUGAGUUGUAGAUUCAGCUGAGAUAAUUUACCAGAGAUAGCUGUUAUUCUUGAAGUCUUAGAUGGCUGCUGUGGUUGAUGUCGAGAUUGGUGGUGUAGAAAUGCCCAUCAAGAAGCGAAAGUUACCACUGUGGAUGCUAGGAGUCACUGCUGCAGAUAAAAUAAGAGACACUACGAGAGAAAGUGAAGAUCUUUUGCCUGACAAAGAAAUAGAAUUGGAGCAAGCUUCAGAAUUGAUAGCAAAGCCAGCUUCUGAAAGAAAAAGACCGGACAAAAAGCUUGUGACCCGUGAAGCCGAUGAUUCAGAUUUGGAGGUAGGGUGCCUGGUCAGGUGCAAGAAAAGGUCAAGGGCUCAAAAAUCAAGAAAGGAUGAUACAGAGAGUGAUGAUUUGAGAGGCAAUGGUGAGAAAAUUAAACCAGAGAAGAAGUCCAGGAAGAGAAGUUGCACAGUGAAGAGGACUGUUCGAGAGCCUGUUCAUUCAAAGAACCGAAGUUCAGAGGAUUUUGAGAGAGAGAGAAGUGGGGUUGCCGAGGGCCUCUCCUCGGCUGGAGACAAUGGAAAUGGAGUAGAAUUGACAAUGGAGGAUCUCAUAAGCAUGGCUGAAGAGUAUGUCAAAGCAGAUGCGGAGAAGGAAAACAAACCAAUUGUAAAGAAUCCAUCAAUAUGCAACCAAAAAAACCAAAAGCCAGCGGAGAAAGAAAGUUCUCCAUACAAAAGCCAGAUGCCCUUGGGCCCAGGCAGUGGCACAGAUGACACCACUGAUGAGAUGCUCGGCCUCUUUCUUGGCCCGUUACUCCCCAAGCCCCCUGAUAGAGAUAGAGAUAGAGAGAGAAAACUUGAAGAGUUUGAAGAGGAACUGACCAUGGCUUGUUAUGAAUUCAGUAAAAAGGUAAACAAAGAGACAGAGAGAGAAGAGGAACCCUUGACGAAGAAGAAAAGCAGCCUCAAAGACAAGGUUUCAUUGUUUCUAAACUAAGGAUGUAUUACACUUUGUAUACACAUGAUACAUAUUAGGCAUUGUAUUUAUGCACGCAUUUUGCAUUAAGGUUCAGUUUUGUCAUCGUCAUCAUCCGAGCUUUAUCCAAUUAUUUGAGGUCGGUUACAUCAACUAUGUAAAUACUAAUGUACAGUAUUAUUUGAUCAUUCUUAAUGGCAUGGUUAUGCCAUGCAUGUAUUU